ACGAUACUCCGAUCCGUCUUGGCACCUCUUACAGAAUAACAAAGCAAGAAAUGGAAGAAUGGUCCACUGUCAACAAAACGCUGUACAACAAAACGCCGAAAACUCUUCCAACUGGCCGAUGGAAGCGCUCUGCAGAUGUGCCACUACCAUCACCAUCACCACCACCACCACCACAACAACUAACCCCUGACACGUUUCCCGAGGCUGAAGCUGUCGCAACCGGAGCUCCACAAUCACCACCGAAAACUACAAAAAGUACACGAGAGGCCUAAAUACCUUGAGGGUAAAGCUGAGGAAGCUUUGUUCCCCACUGCUGCCGCAUCAACAAUCCACCCCAAGUACAUCUACGAUGCCAGUACGCUCAUUCUACCAAUGUGUUUCGACUGUAGAAGUGCGAGCCGACAUCUUGAUAUGA